AUGGACCUCAGUCCGCAACACGUCUCGCCGCUGCAGAGUGCAUCUGCCUCCGGACGUGCUCCGUCAUCGGCACGGGGACCCCUCGCCGGAGGCCGUCAGAUCACUCGAAAUCGUGCGAGUUACAGUUGCCACACCUGCCGCCGGCGCAAAGUUAAAUGCGAUAAGGUUCACCCAAUAUGCGGCAACUGCGCAAAGACCGGCGCCGACUGCAUAUACGAUGCAUCGUCCUCGUCGCAAAAGACGGAGAGUGUGCAAGAGGGACCUAUGCGACCCGGAUAUGGUGUGAAACGUAGGAGGGAAACUCCGCGAACGCUGGAGGAGGAUGUGGAUGAAUUACAAUCGAUAUACGGCCACCUGAGAGAGGAGGAUUCACCAGGCGGGCAAAAGGGGAACCCGCGCGCGAUUGAGGCUCGGCUCGACAAGCUCAUGUCGAUGAUUGAACGACUCGGCGGCAAUCCUCACGCACUAGAGGAAGCAGAAAGGCAGGGCGUGGCUCCAACGGGCGGUAUGGAGUCUGCACUCCUGGAACAAUUGCGGCAGAGCAGUGGCAUUCAAAAUGGACAGUCCUCCACUUCUCGGCGAUCCAGUCCACGACGCGCUGCAGCAGAAUCAAGUGGCGACGAGUUUCCCAUACCGUCGGGUCAAGCAACCGAUCUUGUUGAUCCAGUUGGGAGCCUAAAUUUGGGACAUUUGAGCUUGGAGGAUGGCGGAAGAUCCAGAUAUGUGGGAACGACAUAUUGGGCUUAUAUAUCCCAUGAGAUUAACGACCUUAAUCAAUUGCUGAGAGAUCAAAAUCGGUCGCACGAUGUAUCAUCAGAGAACGCGAACGAGGAUCUCAGCAACCCCGUUACCGGCUCACGAAGACCCUGGAAAGAAUCGAUUGAUAGCUCUACAUAUUCCACCACCUCCCGCUCUCGGGGUGGAUCCUUCCAGCAAUCCAUCAUCUUCCCAUCCGGUGAUUCUCCGUCAGUCAACGAGAAGACAGUUGAACCCGAGAUGCUCGAGCAUGUCCCUACACGAAGGCAAAGCCAUCUCUUGUAUAAAGGGUUUAUGUCAGGCAUCCAUGCCAUUAGUCCUGUCCUUCAUCCGCCAACUAUCUUGAAGCUCUAUAAUGCUUUUUGGGACUGGUAUGACUAUACCAGCUAUUCCGGAGAACCUUGUCCAAAUCCUUCGUUCAUACCAUUGCUCUAUGCCAUAUGGUACGGUGGUUCUGUGACGAUAUCCAUCAGAACCAUCAAAGCCGAGUUCAAUGCGUCCUCGCGUGUUUCACUGUCUACGAUGUAUAGUGAAGAGGUGACACGCUGGUUAACGAAAAUAUCUUUCCCUCGCAGUCCUUCUCUCCAAGGACUGGCGGCUUAUCUCAUCGUGCAGACUAUUUUGUCAAAAGAGGAAGAGCCUUUGACAAGCAGUCUCCAAUUUCGGGAUCGAACCGUGCGAGGCAGAGUACCGACGACGGCUCUGGUGGCAUAUCAUGCACAUGGAUGGCGUGGUUGCCAUGUCGAGUGGUCUCCCCCACUCGUUAGCGACGAGAACUACUGGGAUGUGCGGGAAACUAGCGAGAUCAAAGACACCUUGCUAGGCACUCCAACUGCGGAGCAAUAUGAAAAACUCCUUGCCAACAAGCAAAGGUUACCCGACAAUCCUGACGAUCCAUCCGUCUGUGGCGGCCCGUCAAUGGUGAAUGUCUUCUACUUGACCGCCAGAGGAAAAUACAAUAUGGCUCGUGCCGUUCGACAAAUUUUAAAGAUUCAGCUCGGAACUAAACCGGUCACACGUAGCGAUAUGGAGGAAUUGCGAACGAUUCUUCUCGACCUGCAGCUGAAACUAAACUCCAUAGUGAACAGAAUCCCAGAAGGCUUACCUAACGGCAGCCCUGCUGUAUCAUCAGGGCGGGCACUAUCCAUGUCCAAAUCUCCCGUCGAAGCUCGAUCCACCGAAACGGAGCUUCCUGGUGAAGGUCCCAACGGCUGUCCAGAACAAUACCACACUCCAGUUCUUGUUUCAUUCCACAAAUGGGCACGGAUUAUUUUGUCAUUGUAUAUUGACAAGGCAUUUUGUGUUGCAUAUCAGCCCUUCCUCAAAAAUGCACGCAGUCGGAUUUGGCCGGCGGCACGGCAAAGUGCUCUUCGCCACUGUCACGGAUUUAUGGAGAAGUUUAUCCAGCUUGCGACUGACCCCGACUUUCAACCUUUCCAAUGGAGUUGGCCUGGAAACCACCAACCUAUGCAUGCGACGAUGAUCAUGCUCAUUGACCUAUACGAGCGACCUUAUAGCCCCGAGGCUUCACGCUCGCGCGCCUUUAUUGACCGAAUCCUGGCUCUUUCUGGGCCCGAUGGCGGCGUGGUUGGUGGUGAAGAUGGCAUCUCAACGCAACGGCCACUCAAAGACGGUGGCCGCGAAGCAUGGGACAUGAUCCGUCGUCUACGCCAAAAGGCAUGGCAAAAAGCUGGGUUGAACCCGCAAAUGCUCUGGACCGAACAGGAUCAAAUCCAGGCUGGCAUAGCAUCACCAGCAGGAGAAACCCGUGGCUCUCGUGGUCCAUUCAUUUCGGGGACAUCUUCAGUGCCUGGAUCACCCGGUAUAUCAGCUAUACCUUCACGUCAACCCACCGCUCCCGAUCGUCAACUCUCCGAUUUCAACCGCAUGUUCUACAACAUGACUCGUUCUCACGUCCUCCCUAGUCCCGCAGUAUCUUCCGCGUCUGUCAAGCCGAGCCCCCUUCGAUACUCAUAUCAAUUGCCCCCACCAACCCGAACCUCCGCCCCCCUUCCAACUCCACAAUACAACCCCACACCAGCAGCUGUCACUCUGCCAACUCCCGACAUUCUCCAUGCACCCGGUCCUAUAGCGCCUUCUCCCCCAGUGGCACCAGCACUUGGUUCUCCCCCAUCCCCGCGCCCUCAGGCUCCCCCUUCCACAGCUCCAAUCAUUCGACCAGAACAACCUCUCCCCAGCAUCACGGCCUCCCCGGGCAUGUCAUUCAUGGAUCCAGUUUCUUCUAAUCCACCCCCAAUGGGGGUUCCCACUCCACCUUCCAUGGUCGACCCUAAUCUAAACUUCGAUUGGGAUCAAUGGGACGCUGUUUUCGGACAACAUCUUCCCGUGGCUGAUGAACUGAUGGAAUUGGAUCCUGUUUCUGGACUAGAUUUUGCGAAUCUCGGGUUUCCUGCUGCCAAUAACAAUGCAGCCUUAUCUUUCAAUGGCGAGCUGCCGGGCUCGGCUUCCCCGGUAAUGGGAACUUGCCGCCGGCUUGGACAGAUAGUGGUUCGGCAAACCCUGGGGUUCCGUCUAGUGACUGGACGGGACCUUGACCUCCUUGAAGCCGUGCUUCCAGACGGUGGCGAAGGGGGUAACACCAUCGUCGCGGAAGUCGAUCAGGACGUGCCUAAGAAGGGAGACGUUGUCGUAGUUGGCAAUGAUCUUCUUCAUGGCGGCGGGGGCGUUCUUCUUGAACUCGUCGAUGGACUCAGCGCUGGCGCCGGUCUCCUCGAGCUUCUUGUUGAGCUUCUUGAGGUGAGACUUGAAGGCAUCCUUGGAAGGCUUGAGGCCCUCCUCGGUCUUGAGCCAGACGAGACGGAACUGGUCCUCGAUAUCGUGGACCAUGACGGCCUCAUCAUCACCACCCUCCUCACCGGCGUCCUCAGCAGAGGGGUUGGCACCAGCGAGCUCGAAGUCCUCGUUCUUCUUCUUGAGGUACUUGCGGCAGUCGGUCUCCCAGAGGAUGGGGCAGUCCUUGGCGGGGGUAAUCUUGAAGGUAUCGGAGAGAAUCUCGUCACCGGAGAUCAGGUCCUGUAG